AUGGCGUCUUCCACUCGCUCUUCUUUCAUAGCUUCAGACGCCGGUCUUUCUUCGUCGCUCGCACGACGGUCACGUCCGGCGGUGGCGGUGGCGGCGUUUCCUCGGCGGCCUUUGAUCCCGUGCUCGUCUCCGGCUCUCCUCCGACGGUCACAUCCGGCGGUGGGUGUGGCGAUCGCGGCGGCGUUUCCUCGGCGGCCUCUGAUCCCGUGCUCGUUUCCGGUUCUCUUCCGACGAUCAUCCAGCGGCGUCACAUCUGGGGCUGGGGAGAGGGAUCUCAGGGCCAUGGCGGUGGUGAAGAAGUACAAGGGAACGCGGAUGAGGGAGAAGCGGCUGACGGAGAUGAUCGAGCAGAAGGUGCGGGAGGCGAAGGAGGCCUGCGAGGGAGGCCAGGGUUCCGACGAGUGCAAGGUGGCGUGGGACGAGGUGGAAGAGCUGAGCAAGGCCAAGGCGAAUCUCCGCCGGCGGUUCGCCGAGACCGGCCGGGACCCCCUCGAGUCCUUCUGCCAGGAGAAUCCCGACAAGGACGAGUGCGGCGUAGUCGACGACGACUAG